CUUCUGCGGAUACAUCACCUACUAAAGCUGUAGAAAAGUUGUGUUCAUUUUUGACAUGGGAAGCUUCAAUCAUCAUAUUCGGCUACUACCAGGACUCCUGCUAUUAUGCACGUUGAUCAUGGUAUCUCUGGCUCAGGAUGCAAGCUCAGAUGUAAAUCCUCCUCCAACCAUAUCAGAAACUAAUGCUCCUAGCAGUUCUUUAACUACAGCUGCAGUGAUAGAAGAACUUGCAGCUGCGCUAACAACGAUGAAUACCAAUCCACCUGACAGUAGUGAUGCCACUCACACAGGAGGUGAACAGAAACUAACAUGCUAUAAAUUUCACUGUCAUGGGACUGAUUGCUAUAAAGAUGAGAACAAUUAUAUUGCAAGUAACACCAUUGAGUGCAUGAACGGAGAACAAUGUGAGGUUUACCGUCAUAACAGCUCUCAUUAUGAAGCCAGAUGUAGCCCACAGUGCAAUAACAAACCAUGUACACCUGACUUGGAUGACUGUUCAGUGCAGUGCUGCAACACACCAAUGUGCGGCAAACCUCAAAGCAUGGGAAGUGGAGGAGAAAUGAGCAGCACAUCAGCAACUGGCACAUCUGGUGCUAAUGAUCCUUCCACGGUAACUGCAACAAUGACAGAAUCAACAACACCAACAUCAACUGUUCCACUUAGUGACAAGAAAUGCAGAUCAUUUGUAUGUACUGGAACAGACUGCUUUAAAGCACAAACAGCUGUAGCAACAAAGCAAUGCCGCGUUGGGAUCAACCACUGUGAGUUGCAAAAACGGGUUUCAGGAGCCACCAUCACUUUUGAAGCGGGGUGCAGUAACACCUGUGCCACAAGCACGUUUUCCUGUGCCAGCAUCACCAACGGCAACUGUUUUCAAGAGUGCUGCAAUGCUACAGCCACUGCAUGCUGCAUGAAGUUAGAUGGACAAGUACAUUUCAAUAUGGCUCCAUCCAUCAACAGGGGCUCCAUCUUGAAAAUUUUGACCUGGGCUUUUGUUGUAAUGCUAACUUCACGCUAUUUUUCUGGUAUCAGAGCCUAAAUUAGAAAUCUUCCAGCCCUUCUUUUUUUCUAAUCAGGGAGUACUUAAACAACAAUCUCAGCUCAGGAAAAUGUCAUUACUUGUUACUGUUUUGUCCUGUAUGCUUUGCUUUCUGUGUUGGGUAUUUAGUUGCACACGCUACUGAGAGGUAAAAUGUCUGUUCUUCAGAACUUAAAGCGUUUAACAGCUCAGGUUUUGUUUGACUGAUACACUUUUUCACAAAAACUAUGCCAGCCUACAAAGUAUAAGGUUACUUUAGGACCAGUAGAGCUUUUAUGCAGCCAUUAUUUGUUUGGAAACACAAAUGUGCUGCAGGAAAUACAAAUAUGUAACAGCUUUAUUCUAUCUAGUUAACCAAAUAUCAACACAGGUUGUACUGCUAAACCAAUGAAUCACACAGUACAUAAAAUAAAGGGCCAAUUAUAUAUUUGUGUGACAAAAAAAGUUAUUACAAAGCAUUUGAGAAUUAUUUCAAACUAAAGCAUUUUUAUACAUUUUCUUAGAAGCUACAUAUAAAAGUAAAUAAAAAUAUUUCUUUUUUUCCCCUUUAUCUCUCUCCCUCUAAUUAUUUAUCCUACUUAAAUUUGUCUACCUCCUAAAAUAUUGCACUGUCACUUUCUUUCUAACCCACUAGCUUUUCUUGUACAAUAGUGAUGCUUAUUCUCAUUACACGCAAGCACGCAAGCCUCCUGGCUAUUAAAGGGACAUUAAACACUUUGAGACAGUAAUAUAAAAUGAUAAAUCGUAUCUGUAAAAAAAGUCUGAAUCAUACUUUCAUUAUUUAUUUUGUGCCCUUUUCCUGAAAUUCCAUUCUGAAAUUGUGAGCUUUUCAGUUGCUGUUAGAAAUGGAAGUGUAGAACACUGUUAUAUUCCACACAGCCAUUGGCUGCACACUCUAGUGACCUAGCAGAGAAGGUAACCUAAGUUACAACAUGGCAGCUCCUAUUGUUUUAUAGAUACUAAUACUUUACACUUAUUUUGUCAAUAUUUAAACAACUAAUGAAACUUUAAAAUAUACAUAUACUUGUUA